CUGUGAGUGGUCUUUGAUGCUCGAAGGAGCAAAUGUCCUAUGUGAACUCUUCAACAAGUGUUCCUGUGAUGAGAAAGUAAUGCAAGUUUGAAACGACAUGAGAAGUAUCUGGAUUGGUUUUACCCUCUGGCCGAGGAUCUACGGUUCCUCACAAGCUAGAUCCCACUUGAACUUGUCAGAAGAUUUCACACUUCGUCUGAAAACUCUGAGGAAUCCUUAAUAAACCCCAAAGAGAGAAAUUUGUUGCCAGCCGCUUGCAAACUUCUGUCACCAUGACAAGCACCACCAGUGACCAAAAGGCCGUCUCCUGCCCCCUGAUGGCCAAACCUCAUCGCCAGCGUCUGGUCAACAAGGACGGGCGGAGCCUGAUGCAAGGCAGUGCCCCGGGCUACAAGGAGACGUGGUUAGGUGCCAUGCGGGACAUGUGGGGGACGUGGCUGGCGCUGCGGUGGCGAUGGGUGGUGCUGGCGUUCUGUGGCUCCUUCCUGCUUCACUGGCUGCUGUUCGCAGUGUUGUGGUACCUGCUCGCCCGGGUCAACGGGGACCUGGAUGUGCCCAACCACGACUCCCCACCGCCUGGACACGUGCUGUGCGUCAAACACGUGACGGGCUUCUCCGCCGCCUUCUCUUUUGCUCUCGAGACGCAGCUGACCAUCGGGUACGGCACCAUGUACCCCAACGCUGACUGUCCAACCGCCAUAGCGCUGCUCGCCCUGCAGAUGCUGCUGGGACUCAUGCUGGAGGCCUUCAUCACCGGUGCAUUUGUGGCAAAGUUUUCCCGCUCUCAGAAGCGCUGUGAUGGGAUCCUGUUCAGCCCUCAGGCCGUAGUGUGCGAGGUCAGAGGUCGGCGCUGUUUGAUGUUCCGCGUGUGUAACCUGCUUCCAAGGCCGCUGGUGGACGUGUACGUGAGCGCCGUUCUCUACGAAGAACGUGGUGAUCACGAACUCCACCAAACUGCACUGGAAUUCAGCGUUGAUAACCUGGGGUCACGACCUUGCCCUCUUUUUCUGUCACCCUUGACCUUUUUUCACCCCCUAUCUCCCUCCAGCUCCCUAAACAACACCCCAACCAACCAAUCACACUUUGAGUUAGUGGUGUUCCUCACCGCCUCUCAGGAGAGCACGGGUUCUGGCUACCACAAGAGGACGUCCUACCUGCCCGACGAGAUCCAGUACGGCAGCUGCUUCACCAGGGUGACGUCUCUGCACGGAAAAGGCCGGAACAAAACCAAAAGCAUGCGCUAUUUUGACAUGCAGCCCUGUCCGCUCACACUCCCCAACACACACACCACAGACACACUGGAGAAAGAACACGUGGUGGUCCAGAUUAACGGGGAAGGCAGUGACCGGGUGGAGUAGCAGAGGUUGUGUUUUUAUGCAUGGGUGUAUAAAAAGUGUAUUUCAUAUCAUAACACAACCUUCAAUGUAUGACUUUUUUUAUCCUAAAAGACAACCUCGGUUAGUUAUGAUCUGUUAUGUUACUCCGUCCCAAUAAGAAACCAUUUUUGCUGCUAUGGACAUAAUGAUUCACACUUGCAUCCUUCAGUACUUCUGAACAAACCAUGACAGAUGUUUAAGACCAUGUCUUCAUCUGGAAAUUACAGGAAUCUCCAGUGAUUUAUUAUGAUCAUUUUUCACCCUGAAUCCACUGACACCACACAACCAUCAUGUUUGAGCCCUUAUUUAUUUGGCACCUGGAUAUUGUUAUUGCGUUAUCUAUCUGACUCAGAGGUUUCAAUUUAUAAUUAUUAAAGCCCUACAUGGACAGGUUUCAUCCUGGUUCAUAAAGUGUUUUUAUCAAAAUACAUGAAUGUUAGAGAAAUUCACCCAAAAAUGAAAACGUAUUUACUUUGCCUUGUUUCAUGUACAUUAACACCCCUAUUAAGUGCCUCACCAAAGUCAUUAAAUGGACAUUUGGAUCGAUAGAUCAAACACUGUACUGAACAUUAACAAUGAUGUAAAUAAUAAAGUAUAUACAUAAAUAAAUAGAUUAUUUACUAGAUUAUUUUUGGGAAAUAAAAAUCACAACAUUAUCAGUGCAAUGCAAUCUAUGCAAUAAAACAAAAUACAUUAGAUCAAUCGUAUUGGUGGCGCAACACUGUAUGAUUUGUUUACUGUAGAAAUGAUAUAGCACAUGCUGUCUGUCACUCAGAAAAGGCUGAUUACUAAUAGGCCUAUAUGUAUAUUAUAAAGCUUGAUUGUUAAACUCUGGAAGGCUGGAAAGAAUUGUGUAGUAGUUUAGUUUUCUGCCACUAAUAAAGCUACACUGAGUGGCAACUAAUCUGUAAAAGAAACGCCUUUAUUUUGAUAUGUGAAGCACCAAAACUGGAUUAAAAUAUCUGUGAAAAUA